AAUGGACAGAGGACAGGAAAAAGAAAAAGUGGACUCUGGUUAUGAGACCCCGCCCACCUGCAUCCUAUUGGACCUCUUGUUGAAAAGCCGCCGCCCUUCAGGACCGUUUAACGAAGUCUGGCCCAACAUUGUUAUCUCUGAUGCACACACAGCAACAGAUCUACCGCUGCUGAAGGCCCUGAGAGUGACUCAUGUAGUGAACGCUGCCCAUGGCCCCACCCACAUAGACACAGGCUCCGCCUUUUACUCAGACUCACACAUCCAGUACCAUGGUGUACAGGCUCCAGACAGCAGAGACUUUAACCUGUCAGUUUUUUUCCACACCACAGCUGACUUCAUCCACACGGCUCUGACGCAGGACUCAGGUAAAGUGUUGGUGCACUGUGCUCGGGGAGUUAGCCGCUCCGCUACACUAGUGUUAGCAUACCUCAUGAUCUAUGAGCGGCUCACGGUGGCUGAGGCGAUCGAGGCAGUUCGACGUAACCGGAACAUUCUGCCUAAUGUUGGAUUUCUGGAACAACUACGAGAUCUGGAUGUUAGACUCACUCUGCAGAGGAAAGACGUAAAAACAAGCUCAUAAGAGACAUAACGAGCCAAUAGAACAGACAUUUUUGCUCAUAAGAGACAUAACGAGCCAAUAGACCAAAUAUAAUAGGCUCAUAAGACAGACAUAACGAGCCAGUAGAACAGACAUAAUGGGCUCAUAAGGCAGACAUAACCCGCCAAUAGAACAGACAUAAUGGGCUCAUAAGACAGACUUAACGAGCCAACAGAACAGACAUAAUGGGCUCAUAAGACAGACAUAACGAGCCAGUAGAACAGACAUAAUGGGCUCGUAAGACAGACAUAACGAGCCAAUAGAACAGACAUAAUGGGCUCAUAAGACAAACAUAACCAGC